AUGGCUGCUGCCAGCUACUCUGCAGUGUUCAGAUCACUGCUUUUGGUGCUGGUUCUAGCAGUCACCAUAAGGAGCUCACCCCAUGGCAGGUUAGUCCAUCCUCCACCCCACAAGCACAGGAGCUCUGUGAGGCUGAGUGAAGAUUGCCUGAACCAAAAGGAUCUCAAGUUCCCCACGGUGGUGCCAGUUGACAUCCGCAUCAGCAGCCCAGGCCAUGCCUUGGCAGCAGUCCGUGACAUCCAGAACCGCUCCCUUGCUCCUUGGGAUUACAGGCUGGACGAGGACCCCAACCGCUUCCCCCAGGUGAUUGCUGACGCUGAGUGCCGCCUCUCCAGCUGUGUGAACCCGAUGGGGCAGGAGGACUACAGCCUCAACUCCGUCCCCAUCCAGCAGGAGAUCCUCAUCCUGCGGCGGCAGCAGGAGGGCUGCCUGCCCACCUACCGCCUGGAGAAGCAGCUCAUCACCGUGGGCUGCACCUGUGCUGCUCCCAUCGUCCACCGCCACUCCUAG